GUUUUUACUCUCUCUCUCUCUCUGCCAAAGUCACUCAGUGACCAAACUCAUGAUCAUUUUCCUGAUGUUGGCCCUUUAACUUCACAUGAUCCUGUUACUGUUUCACUUUUCAGACGCUGUGUAGAUUCUCUAACUUUUUAUCAGAUUCAUGUCAUGAACAUGUCAACUUGCUAAUCCUAAAUCUUUGUCUGGAAAACAAACUUUGUAAAGAAAAUCACAAAUAGUCAUGUUGAAAAAUAAUUGUAAACCCAUGAAAUGAAAGCAUGAAUUAAUGUCUCUGUUGUUUUUUUAGGCAAAUUCACAAGUAUAUGAUUGUAUACAUAAUUUGAUUUGCAUUAGAUGCAAAUACCUCUAAUUUGUUACAUUGCAUAGAGUUGUAGAACCAUACUGGCUUUAUUUGUGAGCUCUCUACGAGGGAAGAAGACACCAGAACAGAAACAGCAAACUGAUUAAAAAUGGAUUUUCAAACAUUUGCCCUCAGUAAUGGGCCCUUUCUUUUUUUUAACAUUGUGACUGUUGCAUUUUACAUGUUUUGCAUGGUCUGUCCACUUCACGGAGAAAAGAUCAAGCAACCUCUGAAGCUUCUCCUUGGGUCUGUGAUUUGCUGUAAAAUAACUUACAUGGUGUCAGUUAUUGCGGUGGCCUUUUCUCAUCUACAUUUGAACAGCUUCAGGAUUACCCAAAUCUUAUCUCUGGUGGUGGUCUGCAGUGUGUCCAAUAAUAUGACCUCCUCUGUCUGGCUGAACUUCUUCUACUGCAGCCAGAUUGUACCUGCACAGAGAGCUCUCUUCAUCUGGAUUAAGAAGAACGUUAAAUCCAUCAUCUACUGCUUUUGGAUUACAGAGAGAAUUUACAGUUUGUUUAAUUUUACUUCCAUGUAUUUAGUCUUUAUUCCUCUUGAUGGAUUUGUAAUCAGCAACAAUUCCACAGUGGUUAAUGACAUGCCUGCAAGAGAUUUCUUGAAAUAUUUUCGGGAAAAUGUGUUUUUCAUUGUGUUUUCCGUACUGAAGGUGCAUUUUGUUUUCUGUCUGUGUGUUAUGGUGAUGUCCAGUGGUUCUACUGUAUUCUACCUGUCUGGACACAUGCAUCGUAUGGUAGCAAAUGGACAACCUCUGUCCUGUCCACAGUUAAGGAAUCAGGUGAGGGUCACCGUCACCGGCAUCCUACAGGGAGUUCUGUAUGUGUUCUGUGCUGUUUGGACUAUGUACAGGUCUUUUCCUGUGGGCAGUUCAUAUAAGCUCAGUGAUCUAUAUACCGAUUUCACUGUCAUCAACUUGUACAUGUCAGGCACUCUGUUCAACCUGGGAGUUGGUCAGGCUGUAUUCAGGCAGAGAGCAGCACACAUCUGGCUGAGAGCAGCUCAGUGCUGCAAAGCACCUCAAGUACAACAGUCUGAACAAGGAGUAUGAUACUGAAGCUGAAACCAGAAGACCAGGGAUCUGCUGAGGAGAACCUAAGACACUUAUCAAUCUACAUGGAUGCAAGCUGCCCCUGAAGCUUGGAAUAUUACCGUAGGAGAUCAGAGCUACUUACAUGUUUUGUACUGUUUAUGUAUCUAUAUGAAAGAUUUUGUUUUUAUGUCAUAUACAGUUAGAUAAAAAGAAAAAAAGAAGAUAUAUUCAUUCUUAUAUAUUUUAUAGUUACAGCUCUAUGAAUGCUGAUUCCUGCUUUUCAUGUGCAUUGAUUCAGAAUUCAGUAUCUGGAAAACUGUCAAAUUCAGGUAAUAUAUUUAAAUAUAAUAACAAAAUGUAUUUGUUUAAUUUAUUCAUUCCUGCCAUCGAAAUGUUGGAAAAUGGCAUUGCGGAAUACCAGUUGCUGAAUUGUGGCAAUUCUUUUGAAAAACAAGUGUCAAAGUUAGUGUAUUUUACUGUUUCAUAUUAUUGUGUUUCAUUCUGUUCAUAAGGAGUACAUAUGUAUGCUUCUUUUGUAAUUAUGUAAGGGUCAAGCUUA